AUGCCGGCCGUGCUUGUCGCGUUUUUAUACUCUGCAUUAAUCAGCAUAGGCAUCAAUGGGGAUGACAUGGUGCCCGUUGGGACUCGGCUGGGCAACGGCACAGCUGAUCCACCGGACACCCGCUCAGCUAUCGGCAGAGUGCCACCUUACCAGCCACCAGCUAUCGGUGUUCCGGGCUUGCAAGUACCUGGAUUUCGACCUCACAGUCCCUAUACAAGAGUAGACGCUUGGCAUCCUAAUGGUCGCAUACAUGUCAACUCUAAAGGAUCCUACGUUGUCGCCGAUGACAUUGAAGACGACGAAGAUGAUGGUGGAUGUCAUUUGCCAUGUUCUAAGGAAUUUUUCUCUUGUCAGGCAUCCUGCAAGUGCAUACCAAUGGAACAACGAUGUGAUAGUAAAGUUGACUGCGUAGACGCCGAAGACGAGGCAGGAUGUACUCCGUCUUGUGACCAAAAUGAAAACCGGACAAUAUGCCACACGACCAGUGUAUGCAUUGCAUUAGCGUGGAUAUGUGAUGGAGACAACGAUUGUGGCGACUUCUCAGAUGAAACUCAUUGUGGGGGUUCUAACUGUACGUCAGAGCAGUUUCAAUGCGCCAAUGGCUUGUGCAUCCACAAGGAAUGGCUUUGCGAUGGUGACAACGACUGCCGCGACAACUCUGAUGAAUUGAACUGCACGAAGGGCAAAUGCCGCGAAAACCAAUUUACUUGUGCAUCUGGUGAAUGCCUCGCGCUUCAUUGGCGAUGUGACAAAGAAGCUGACUGCCCUGAUAGUAGCGACGAAGCAGAAUGCCCUUUGGAUUUACUUGGAUGUGGUGAAAACGAGAUCCAAUGUAACAACAAGAAAUGUGUCCGCAAAGAUUUUCAAUGUGAUGGCGACAACGACUGCGGUGAUUGGACCGACGAAGAUUCGUGUCCCAUUGUACCUGGGAGUUGCACUUCUGCCGAGUUUAAAUGUAGUGAUGGCAAAUGCAUCCCGGAUCGCUGGCAUUGUGAUUUACAACGGGAUUGUGCGGACGGUGACGACGAGCUCAACUGCGAACCACAUGGCAUGCGCAACUGUACCUCAGACGAGUACACUUGUGCAGACAAACGCUGCAUAUCGAAAACUUGGCUUUGUGAUGGAGUACGUGAUUGCACUAACGGUGAAGACGAAAUGGACUGUCAAGUGUUUUGCGAAGUGGAUCAGUACAUGUGCAAGUCCGCUUUUAAUGAUGCUUUUAGAAGUUGCGUUAAUAGGAAACAUGUAUGUGAUGGCAUGAAGGACUGCCCAAGGGAAGACGAUGAAGAAAAAUGUCCUAUUAAAAGAAAUUGUGGUCCAGAAGAUAAAUGCGAAAAACAAUGCAUUACUACUUAUGAUGGGUUACCGGGCUGUGCUUGUCCUUUAGGAUUCUUAUUAGCUCCCGAUGGUUUAAGCUGCCACGACGUUGACGAGUGUAUGUAUGAACAAGAUCCGGUAUGCUCACAAACAUGCUCCAACACUGUAGGAAGUUUCAGCUGUGGUUGUAUGACUGGCUACGUACUUAGGCCUGACGGAAGAUCUUGUAAAGCUACUGGAGAAUCUCCAACGCUUCUGUUUACCAACAGAGUUGGAAUACGCCAAGUUUGGCUGACUGGAGACAAUUACAUGUCAAUUUUAAAAGGCUUACAUAAUUCUGUAGCAUUAGAUUAUCAUUAUGAAAAGAAUUUGGUAUUCUGGACUGAGAACAAUAUGAAAGUUAUAAGAGUUGCACGAUUGGACAGCAAUAAUAUGUCAGAUGUAAUACGAUGGAGUUUAGAAACGCCUGGAGGCGUGGCUGUAGACUGGAUACACGAUCUCCUAUUUUGGACAGAUUCUGGUACUAGGAGGGUUGAAGUGUCUACUUUGGAUGGAUCACAAAGAGCAGUUUUAGCUGCUAGUGAUCUCGAUAAGCCACGGGCUAUUGCUGUCCAUCCAGGAGACGCUAUUGUAUUUUGGACUGAUUGGGGUCCCAAUCCAAAAAUAGAGCGCUCAGAUAUGGAUGGAAGCAAUCGCAAAAGCGUCAUUGUUAGUGACAUCUUUUGGCCCAAUGGUCUAACUAUUGAUUAUAUGGAUUCUAAGAUAUAUUGGGCUGAUGCUAAACAUCAUGUCAUUGAAAGAGCAAGUUUUGACGGCCAAAAAAGAAAACGAAUAACAAAUAAAGGUUUACCGCAUCCAUUUGCUCUAACGCUUUUCGAAGAUGCAAUAUAUUGGACAGAUUGGCAUACUAAGAGCAUUUCAACAGUUAAUAAGGAGACUGGGAUGGGCAUACAAACUGUGCACGCUAGCCUGCAUGUUCCUAUGGAUAUUCGAAGCUUUCAUCCUUUGCGUCAGCUUCGCACGUAUAAAAAUCGAUGUGGUUCUCACAACGGUGGUUGCUCUCAUCUCUGUCUACCAAACUCUAGUGGAUAUUCUUGCCGGUGUCCUGUUGGCUUCAAUUUAAAUUCUGAUGGUCAUUCUUGUGAAGAAACUCCAGAAAAAUUGCUUCUUUAUGCGCGACGUAAAGAUAUUAGACUCAAACAAUUGGAACCCAGAAAGCAAAUGGAAUCCUUAGAUAUGGUAAUUCCUGUGGAAAACAUCAAAUCAGCUGUUGCACUCGAUUGGGAUCAUAACACCAAUUCAAUAUUUUGGACUGACGUGGAAAAGGAUACAAUAAAUCGAGCAUAUUUAAAUGGUUCACACCAAACUAUUAUUGUCGGAUCUAAUUUAAUAUCGCCAGCCGGAUUAGCUUAUGAUUGGAUAACAAACAAAUUGUAUUGGACUGAUGCUGGCACUAAUAGAAUUGAGGUAGCUAAUGCUGAUGGUAGUAUGAGAACUUUGCUUGCUUGGGAAAAAAUCGACAAACCUAGAGAUAUUGUUUUAGAUCCUGCAGGUGGCAUGAUGUACUGGUCAGACUGGGGCGCAAUACCUUGCAUUGAACGUGCUGACAUGGACGGAGGAAAUCGUAAACAACUCAUAUUCGGAAAUAUGACUUGGCCAAAUGGCUUGGCACUAGACUUGGGCAAUAAUCGCAUUUACUGGACCGACGGUGGAAAUCUUACUAUUGAAUAUGCUAAUCUUGAUGGCACUGGACGAACUAUAUUAAUAGGUCAGCAUUUACCUCAUCCAUUUGGGCUUGAUUUAUAUGGAGAUGAAGUUUUUUGGACAGAUUGGGAAGCUCAGUCAAUUCAGGCAGCAAAUAAAUACACGGGAAAAAAUCGCAGAACGCUAGGUUCUGGAGUAGAGGGACUAAUGGAUGUUAGGGUUUUUCAUAAAGAAAGACAAAGCCAUUGGGACAUGAAUCGAUGCGGUAAAAAUAAUGGUGGAUGCUCUCAUUUGUGUCUUUUGAAUCCUGGUGGAAAAAGUUGUGCUUGCCCUAUAGGAAUAAAAUUAGGCAGGGAUAGAAAGAGGUGUACAAACGGCCCUAUCAACUUUUUGAUAUUUGCACACCGUGUAGAUAUAAGAAUAGUAUCUUUAGAUGUGCCAUAUCUUGUUGAUGUUGUCCUUCCAUUGCCACCAUUGAAAAAUGCUCUUGGCGUUGACGUAGAUCAAAGAACUGGCUUAAUCUAUUGGACUGACACCGGAGAAAGAAAAAUCAAACGAGCAAAUAAAAAUGGUGAACAAAACGAAACAAUUAUUGAAAGAGGACUUCACACUGCUGAUGGAAUUGCUAUUGAUUCUGCUGGAAGAAAGAUUUAUUGGACUGAUGGCGGAAGAAAUAGCGUGGAAGUAGCCGAUUUGAAUGGCAUGAAUAGGAAAGUUCUAGUGUGGACUGGCUUAGACUCGCCACGUGCUAUUGCAUUGCAUUAUGAAUACGGAUACAUGUUUUGGUCUGAUUGGGGAACAUCAGCCAAGAUUGAAAGGGCUGAUAUGGAUGGUAAAAAUAGGAGAGUAAUAAUAGAAAACCAGAUAAAAUGGCCAAAUGGAUUAGCCAUUGAUCGAAUUGAAAGUCGGCUCUACUGGAACGACGCUAAGAUCUUAACAAUAGAGAGUUCAGAUUUUAAUGGACAUGAUCGCAAAACGCUUCUCAGUCAAGUCCCAUAUCCGUACGGCAUAGUAAUUGUUGGACCUCAUAUCUAUUGGACUGAUUGGAAAACUAAAGCUCUACAUAGAGCGGACAAAUCUAACGGAGAAGACCAAAUAACUAUACGCGAGAAUCUUGAGGGGCUCAUGGACAUAAGAGCAAUUCAGGGUGACCAUAUAUUGGAAAAUGCUUGUGGUACAAAUAACGGUGGAUGCUCUCAUCUUUGUUUACGAUCACCACAAGGCUAUUCUUGUGCUUGUCCAACUGGACUUUUAUUUGAAAAUGAAACAGAACAUAAUCCAAGAAUCUGUAAGAAACAUCCGGAUAACUUCCUAGUAUUUGCUGCCAGAGGAAGCAUGGCAAUGAUCUCUUUAGACACACCUGAACAAUGGGAUAUAACACUCCCAGUAAAAGAUAUUCAAAAUUCUGUGGCAGUAGAUUUUCAUUGGGAAAGGAAACUUAUAUUUUUUACUGAUGUUAAUAAUAAUGAAAUAAGGUCAAUAAAUAUGGAAAAUAUGACAGAAACUAAAGUCAUAAUAAAUACAGGACUAGAUACACCAAAUGGUUUAGGGGUGGAUUGGAUAGCUAAUAAUAUUUACUGGACGGAUAAUGAUUUUAAGGUAGUGGAAGUAGCUAAACUAGAUGGGUCAUCCAGAAAAACUUUGAUCAGUGGAUUAACUGAACCAAGAGCACUAGCGUUGUUUCCGGCAAAAGGAUAUCUGUAUUGGAGCGAUUGGAGUGAGAAUCCUACUAUUGAAAGAGCAGCCUUAGAUGGUAGUCAAAGAAAAAUUAUUGUUAGCCACGAUCUAGGGUUCCCUAAUGGAUUAACAAUUGACUACAAAGAUAGAAGGCUAUAUUGGACAGACGCUUUAAAAGAACGAAUCGAUACUUCAGAUUUGAAUGGGCAACAUCGAGUUCAACUAGUUCCUGAAGCUAAAAAUCCUUUCGGAAUGACUCAGUUUAAUGAAUUUAUCUAUUGGACAAAUUGGAACAAAAAGUCGGUAAUGAGAGCUGAUAAAAGAACAGGCAAGAAUGUAACAGCAAUACGAACUGACUUGGAGAUGGUUAUGGAAAUAAAGGCAGUGUCUUCCGAUAAACAGCACGGCUGGAACCCUUGCAAGGAAGACAACGGUGGUUGUUCACAUCUCUGCCUAUUUAGAGGGCAUGACUAUAUUUGCGCGUGCCCAGACGCGUUUGAUAUUAGAACUUGCUCAACAACCCCUAAACUUCGCGUGGACUUAAGAAUGCCGUCCCAUUAUCCAUCGUUUUAUGACUACACGGAUAUGGAAAUUAAUCACAAUCAAGUGCCGCCACCUACUGCUGCACCCAGUUCUAAUUACGGGGCGGUCAUCAUCGGAGUGGCUAUCACUGUGUUUAUCUUGAUUGUGCUCGCUGUUGUUGCACUAGUUUGGCGCCAUUAUUUACUCAAAGUAAAAAUACGUCGAGAACAUGGAGGUGAAUUAAAAGAAAAUUAUCGAGAAUCGACUGGCCAUAUAUCCUUUCACAAUCCCAACUACAACUGUGCGACAACUGGGGAACCUCUAGAGAGACGACAGAACCGAUUCCAGGGGAUAUUCAAAUACGACAAAAGUCAGGGACGGGUAACGAAUGUAUACAUGCCGGAGGGUACCAGCUUGUUGCCCCCUCCACCUCCGCCCCCACACAGACUGCCCCCGAGACCGGCCAACGAUGACUUCGAACCCGUUACCCUACAUCCUUUCGCU